AAAACCCACAGGGGAUUCACAAAGGCUUCUUGGAAAAGUGACGUGAGGACCGUGGAAUCCGUACGAGGAAGGGUAUGCGGGGAGGAACCAGUGCAAUGAAAGGCUGAGUGGAGGGAAAACGUAGGGUACGAUCUGGAGUGAAAAAAGCAGGAAACAGGCUCCGAGACUACGUCUGGCAGCUGGCUGCAACCUGCGACGCGCCUUACAGUGGGUGUCAGAAGUCGGCUGCUUUCCCAGGGCUCUGUUGCCCAGGUGCGGAGAGAGGGCGAGGGACGCCCGCCCCCACCCCCGCACGCACAGGUGCGGUGUUUCUCGAGCCUGGGUGGAAGCUGGCGCCCUCCCCCGCCCACCAAGGGCUGGACUGCACACCAGGGCCCCAGUCCCCACCCUGCCCCGGGUGUCCGCCCAGCCCCGGGUGAAGAGUUGGGGACCUGGGAUGGGAUGAGUAACCGUUGGCUGCGGGCCGCGCAGCGGGGCGGGAGCGCGCCGAGCUCUAGUCGUGCAAAUCCGGCCGGAGGCCUGGGGUCGUGCCCUCGGCCGGGCGGGGCGGCACUGAGUGCGAUAAAAGGGCCGUACCGCGUCGGGCCGGGCCGCGGUCUCCACGUCUCCACUCCCGGCUGCAGCGCGCCUCGCGGGUGCGCGGGCGGCUCAGGGGCAGGAGGACCCAGGACCUCCGGGCGACGGGAUGGCGGCGGCAGCGGCGUGCGCACCCCCAGCCAGGCCCAGCCUGACCUCCAUCUCGUCCGGGGAGCUGCGCAGCCUGUGGACCUGCGACUGCGAGAUGGCCCUGCUGCCGGUGGCCCAGCUCCUGCGCCUGCUGCCCGGCGCCCUCCAGCUGCGCGGCGACCAGCUCACGGUGCUCGGGCCCGAAGAGCCAGCGGCCGCGUUCGGGGGCUUCAACGUCUUCGGCGACGGCCUCGUGAGCCUGGACGGGCAGCUCUGCCGCCUCAGCCGCUACAUCAAGAGGUUGGGCAGUUGUUGGCAACAGUACCAGUUUCUGUUUGCCUUGUCUGUCAUCUUUGGAGUUGGCUGUACCCCUGCGUGUACUUUCCACUUUUCAUAAUGAGUUGGGGCCUAGAGCGAUGGACUCCAGGGACUUUUUCAUCUUUGAAGCCACCACAUUCCUGCCUGAGAUAUGUGGAACUGACCAACUACUGCGAUUAUAAAGACUACCGGGAAAUGAUACUGAGUAAACCGAUGCUGUUCUUUAUUAAUGUACAGACCAGAAAAGACACCUCAAAAGAAAGAACAUAUGCCUUCCUUGUGAACACGAGGCACCCCAAGAUAAGAAGACAGAUAGAGCAAGGGAUGGACAUGGUCAUUUCCUCAGUGAUUGGAGAAAGCUACCGGCUCCAGUUUGAUUUUCAAGAGGCAGUGAAGAAUUUUUUCCCUUUGGGAAAUGAAGUGGUUAAUGGAGAAAAUUUGAGCUUUGCCUAUGAGUUCAAAGCCGAUGCACUAUUUGAUUUCUUCUAUUGGCUUGGGCUCAGCAAUUCCACUGUACAAGUGAAUGGAAAAGUUCUGAAUUUGUCAAGUUCAAGUCCAGAAAAGAAGGAGACAAUUAAACUAUUUCUGGAAAAAAUGAGUGAAUCACUGAUCCGAAGGAGCAGUUUCUCUGACCGAAAAUUCAGUGUAACUUCCAGAGGUUCAAUAGAUGAGGUUUUUAACUGCAGUCUGUCACCAAGAUCAUCUUUGAUGGAGCCCCUUUUGGCAGAAUUACCAUUUCCAAGCGUUCUGGAAUCUGAAGAGGCACCUAACCAGUUUCUCUGAUUGGACAGGACCUGUUCUAGUUCCUCCUGCACUCCAGGCUUACUGAAGGUUGAGGGGAGUUGGGGGGUGGGAUGAGCUGGGGGUCAGGCCUUCCACCCACUGGUCCACCCUUUGCUCCUUGGAGUGCUCCUUCCCUGUUCUGUGGGUGCCUCCCCAGCAGGCCCCACGCAGCUGACUUCAGGAUGGGAGGGCCCUGGCCUCAUGACUGGACAGCCCCUCCUUUGAGCACUUCUCCAAAGAGGCAGAGAGACUGGCAGGGUCCUGAGUACUUCAUGUGCGACCUUGGCACCCUGGGAGUUUCCCUGGCAACUUCUGUGGGACCAGUCUGACUUGGGUGUUGACCAUGAUGCUUCGUAAAUUGGGGUUUGGUCCUCUGCUUGAGACACCCUUGUCUGAACCCAAACUCAAGCCAGCUCAGGGUGAGCUGUGCUAUUCUCUUGCAAACCUGGCUGGCAAAAAGCCUAUGACAACGUUCACUGGAAGACACAUGUGUUUCUCAUCCUGCCUUUAGCAGAAGCAUUCCAGGUAAGGUUUGCUGGGGGGUUGACCAGCUUGGUAGGAUGGCACCCCCGCCACUCACUGCCUAAAAUUUGAACUUCCUUGGCCUCCCUCUUAACAAAGUGUAGAAAGAGGCCAGGGGAUGUGCACACAGUGACAGGAGGAGGAUCAUGAUCAUGGCAGUGUCCUCUUGACUGAAAGCACAUUAUAUCAGUUGGGUAGUUUUUUACUUUCUUAUUGAAUUUAUUGGGGUCACAUUAGUUAAUAAAAUUAUAUAGGUUUCAGGGGUAUAAUUCUACAAUACAUCACCUGUAUAUUGUAUUGAGUGUUUACCACCCCGAGUCAAGUCUCCUUCUAUCACCAUUUAUGCCCCCACACCAGUUGUUUAUUUUAAAUAAGCUUUUAGCAACCCUAACACUAAAAGCAAAAUUGAAAAAAGCUAUACAACAUUACCACAAUACAUUGUUACAUCAAUGCAUUUUUUACCUCAGAGCUACAAUGGGAUUCUUCAAAAAGAAAAAAAAUUUUAUCUAUAUAUAAAACCUGCAUGAAUGAAUCACUCCAUAUGCUUAUAAUGAGGAAGACUUCUGGGCUCUGAGUAUAAUUUUUAUAACAUUUAAAAAUUUUUCAUGUAUUUUGAUAGCACUACCAAUUGUCUUUUAUAUUUGAAAUGUUAUGUACUACCUUUGUGCAAUUAAAUUUUUCUUAUCGUUCAACACAGAAUUGAUUAAAUUUGUAACCAAGUA